AUUUCCUUCCUUUCCCGGUUUCACCUCACGCCGCCGCCAUGGAGCUCAUCACGAUCUUGGAGAAGACGGUCUCGCCAGACCGCUCCGAACUCGAGGCGGCUCAGAAGUUCCUGGAGCAAGCUGCCAUCGAGAACCUGCCCACUUUCCUUGUGGAACUAUCCAGAGUGCUGGCAAACCCAGGAAACAGCCAGGUUGCCAGAGUCGCAGCUGGUUUGCAGAUCAAGAACUCACUGACUUCUAAAGAUCCUGACGUAAAGGCUCAGCACCAGCAAAGAUGGCUCGCAAUCGAUGCCAACGCUCGCCGAGAAGUCAAGAAUUAUGUUUUGCAAACUUUGGGUACCGAAACUUACAGGCCCAGCUCAGCCUCACAGUGCGUUGCUGGCAUCGCCUGUGCAGAAAUCCCUAUGAAUCAGUGGCCUGAACUCAUUCCUCAACUGGUAGCCAAUGUUACAAAUCAACACAGCACAGAGCAUAUGAAAGAGUCAACAUUGGAAGCAAUUGGUUACAUCUGUCAGGAUAUUGACCCAGAACAGCUUCAGGAUAAGUCAAAUGAGAUCUUAACGGCCAUUAUCCAGGGCAUGAGAAAAGAAGAACCAAGUAAUAACGUGAAGCUAGCGGCUACCAAUGCACUCCUGAACUCUUUGGAAUUCACCAAAGCAAAUUUUGACAAAGAGUCUGAAAGGCACUUUAUUAUGCAAGUAGUCUGUGAAGCAACACAGUGUCCAGAUACAAGGGUGCGAGUAGCUGCAUUACAGAACUUGGUGAAGAUUAUGUCCCUCUAUUAUCAGUACAUGGAGACGUAUAUGGGUCCUGCACUUUUCGCUAUCACAAUUGAAGCCAUGAAAAGCGAAAUCGAUGAGGUGGCUCUGCAAGGAAUUGAGUUCUGGUCAAAUGUGUGUGAUGAAGAAAUGGACCUGGCUAUCGAGGCAUCAGAGGCGGCAGAGCAAGGAAGGCCUCCAGAGCACACUAGCAAAUUCUAUGCUAAGGGUGCCCUACAGUAUCUCAUCCCAAUUCUCACACAGACACUGACCAAGCAGGAUGAAAAUGAUGACGACGACGACUGGAAUCCCUGCAAAGCUGCUGGGGUCUGCCUCAUGCUCCUCGCUAACUGUUGUGAAGAUGAUAUUGUCCCCCACGUUCUGCCUUUCAUCAAAGAACACAUAAAGAACCCCGACUGGCGAUACCGAGAUGCAGCAGUCAUGGCAUUUGGGUGCAUUUUGGAAGGACCCGAGCCCAACCAGCUCAAACCUCUUGUUAUCCAGGCUAUGCCAACUCUAAUAGAAUUAAUGAAGGACCCCAGCGUCGUGGUCAGGGACACAACUGCGUGGACCGUGGGUCGGAUCUGUGAGCUGCUCCCCGAAGCGGCCAUAAACGAUAUUUACCUCGCUCCACUGCUGCAGUGUCUAAUUGAAGGCUUGAGUGCAGAGCCAAGAGUGGCUUCAAAUGUGUGCUGGGCUUUCAACAGUUUGGCAGAAGCAGCUUAUGAGGCUGCUGAUGUAGCCGACGAUCAGGAAGAACCAGCAACAUACUGUUUAUCAUCAUCAUUUGAACUAAUAGUUCAGAAGCUCUUGGAGACCACAGACAGGCCUGAUGGGCACCAGAAUAACCUGAGGAGUUCAGCCUACGAAGCUCUGAUGGAGAUUGUGAAAAACAGCGCCAAGGACUGCUACCCAGCUGUCCAGAAGACAACUUUAGUUAUCAUGGAACGGCUACAACAAGUGCUUCAGAUGGAGUCCCAUAUCCAGAGUACAUCUGACAGAAUCCAGUUCAAUGACCUUCAGUCUCUUCUGUGUGCCACUUUGCAGAAUGUCCUACGUAAAGUGCAGCACCAAGAUGCUUUGCAGAUCUCUGAUGUGGUGAUGGCUUCCCUCCUGAGGAUGUUCCAAAGCACAGCGGGAUCCGGGGGUGUCCAGGAGGAUGCUCUCAUGGCUGUCAGCACACUGGUAGAAGUGCUGGGUGGAGAGUUUCUCAAGUAUAUGGAUGCCUUCAAACCUUUCCUAAGUAUUGGGUUGAAGAACUAUGCUGAAUACCAGGUCUGUCUGUCUGCAGUGGGCCUAGUUGGUGACUUAUGCCGGGCCCUUCAGACCAACAUCCUGCCUUUCUGUGAUGAAGCUAUGCAGCUGCUCUUAGAAAAUUUGGGGAAUGAAAACGUGCAUCGAUCUGUGAAGCCCCAGAUUCUCUCUGUGUUUGGCGACAUCGCUCUUGCAAUUGGAGGAGAGUUCAAGAAAUACUUAGAAGUGGUGUUGAAUACUCUGCAGCAAGCCUCUCAAGCCCAAGUUGAUAAGUCUGACUACGACAUGGUAGACUACCUGAACGAAUUGCGAGAGAGCUGUUUGGAAGCAUACACGGGCAUCAUCCAGGGGCUGAAAGGAGAUCAAGAGAAUGUGCAUCCGGAUGUGAUGCUGGUGCAGCCCAGAGUAGAAUUCAUCUUAUCUUUCAUUGACCAUGUUGCUGGAGAUGAGGAUCAUACCGAUGGGGUCGUAGCCUGUGCGGCUGGGCUGAUCGGAGAUUUGUGCACGGCAUUUGGGAAAGACGUUCUCAAGUUGGUAGAAACUAAACCCAUGAUACAUGAACUGCUCACUGAAGGGAGGAGGUCAAAGACGAACAAAACGAAAACCCUUGCAACCUGGGCCACUAAAGAGCUGAGAAAACUGAAGAAUCAAGCUUGAUCUGUUACCAUUGGGAUGACACCUGAGACCCCCACUGGAAAUCUCCAAUCUAUUGAGAAAAAAAAAACCCAACCCGGAAGUGAGGAAUGUGCACGGAUGCUGAGUGUUUGGGAAUGAGAGGAUGAGUGAGUGAGAGGCUUAAAACACACCACGGUGAAAAUCCAGCCACGGCAAAGAGCGGCGGC